AAGCCAAAACCUGGGUGGUGGGGUUCGGGCUUUGGCCCUGGGCCCCAGCAAGGCUAACGCCAACCCUGGCAACUGCAUUAAAACGGGUUCACGACACACUUUGGGGUCCCAACCCACAGCUUGAGAACCACUGUUCUAUCCUAUCCUUCUAGAGGAGCAUAUAUGGCUAAUUCCUAAUAGGUACUCCUUCCAAAGUUCAGUGUGCAGAGCAGUUACCACUUGAUGGCAUUUACAAGAAUACAAGAGACCAGUGAAUCAGCUACAAGUCACUUGUCCCUGUAAUUUAUUGCACUGUGGAAUUCUAGGUGCUCCAAGUCAGUGUUUUUCUAAUGGGCAGUAAGUAACUUGAUCUCACCUAUCCGGACUGAGGUUUUAGUUAUUCCAUUCUGCUAGGUAAUUAGAUUUUGCACAACCUGGUCGGUGGUUAUAAUUAUGUAGCAGACUAAGUGUUUUGGGGGAGGAGCAUUUUUAUAAAUAAUUAUUUUCAAGAUCCCACAUAUUCAAUGUAUUUGCUCUCUUUAACUUCUACUGAUGCUCAUUUGCCCUGUAUUUUAGCAAGAAAGGGCUUUUGCUCUCUAAGUUGGAUGGUUACAAAGUGUUCCACUGUCUUGUCAUUUGGAGCAAGUCACUGCACCUCCCUGUGCCUUAGUUUUCCCACUUGCAAACCUGGAAUGCUUCUUGUCUUACAGGAGGACCGAGAGGCUUAAUUACUCUUUAUAAUUUAAGAAACUCAGGUAGAAAGUCCUAUAAAAGUGCAGUGAAGUAUUUUAACAUAUAGUAUAAGGGAGAAUUAGAAGGUAGCAAUGUGUCUUGAUAUGGAGGGGAGUGUUCGUCUAGCAGCUCAAACAUCAGAUGCUGUUUCUUUGUUGCAUAGAAGAGGUGUCCGGAGGAAUGUAAGCAUGAAGCGGUUCAUGGCACUGCUUAAUAAAAAUAAAACCAAGGACACUCCACAGGCCAAGCUGCUGGAUCUAGCAGGACAACUCUGCCGCGAUCUUCAGAGCAUGUCUCCCAGCCUGGAGAAGCUGGUUGAGGCAAUGAUGGGGUGCAAGCUUCAGGAAUAUUUCCUCACCAACAUCAAUGUAGUCCGAGCCUGUGUGCUUGUCCAUAUCCACAGGGGUCAGCAUGAGACAGCCUGCAGACUCCUGGAGUGUUGCAGGGCGAAAGAAAAGAAGGAGCUGGUGCAACUUUGGAAUGAGAUCCACUACCACAAAGUCAUGGAGAAACAUCACACAGAUUCCCUGACACCGGUGCAGAAAUUCCGGUGCAGGAAGAGGAAUCCUCCACCAGUUUCCCUCUGUCCCGAAGGCAUAAAGAAUCGAAACUAUCCAGAAAAAGUGCGCCAAAAGCUGCACAGAUUUGCUGCAAACGUGACCAUGAAUCCAAACAAGAAUCAGCGGGAGGGUUUGGCUCAGGAUAUGAACCUGCAGCCAAAUCAGGUCUAUAACUGGUUUGCCAAUUACCGUCGUCGUCAAAAAACCCGGCUCAGUCGGCUGGAAAAGCUCAUCAGUUCAACCGAUGAGGAGCCUUCAACUCACCAAGCAAAACAUCAGCCUGAUAAUGGAUCCUGCAUUCCACAAGCUGCAGACGCAUUUCAUGCAGGCGUUGGCUCAGAGCAGAAAGAGAUUACCCUUGUGCCCUGUGGUCCGGGGUGGGAGCAGUCAGCUGCGGGUCUGGACUGUUCUGCUGAUGGGACCUUUUCAAAGUUGCUGGAAUCCAGCUUUCUGCAGAGCAGUGAGUUACAGGAAAUGAGGUCAACUAAAACUUCAGUGACCCCUCUCAGCACGGAAGAGCCAACAGCUUUCUGCACGAAGGCUGAGCACGGAAUAAGCCUUAGCUCUGCCACCAUGGAGACCAGACAGACGUCAAGUUACACUGCCACUAGCCCCUGGCUGGAGAACUUUGUCCUGUGCUCCUGUGGCUCGCUUCCCUUCCAAACAGAACCUCUGGACGCAAGGCAGCCAACUCCCAGUGCAGAAAGCGUCUCCGGCACGAGCAGCCAGUGCCCCCUGUGGAGCCCUGGCACAGCAGUUCCCCUCAGGCUGUGCUUGGCAAAUCCCAGUGCCCACCAGUUUCCACAUCCCAUCUGGAGGAAAUCCAGGCCUUGGGACACAGCCAGGUGCUGGAGAAUCCACUAAGCGAUCCCAUGACCAGUGACACAUUCUGGGCAGCAUGGCUACUCUUUGAAUUCUCGGUCGGUGGUCGACUGUAACUCGCAUAGCAAGACUUUGUAUGAUGGUCUGCAGUUCUGCAGUGAUUGCCCCUUUCUCGCCAAAAGAGGCAGUCAGAUAACACAGUGUAGUUAACUGGGAAAGGAGACCUUUUCUAAUUGUUACCAAGUUCAUUUUGGCUACAGUUUUAUCAAGAGUUUCAAAAGUAACAAACAAAAGCAAUGCUCCCUGAGGUCCUUGCAUAUCACAGACUUUAACUGGGACAAUUUGAAGCUGCGUAGCCCGUUGCAAGUAUUUAGUCACUGGUUCUAUGGAAGUUAAAUUGUUCAGGUCACCCCGUAUUCAUAACUGUGUAUCUGGACGAGAUGGUUCUGGGUCCCUCUAUUAUUGUUGUUGAUGAAGUUGUGUAAAAAGCCCCUCAAUUCAAAGGGAGUAAAACCUCAGAAAUGUCAUCUACAGUGUGGAUGCCCUGUGGGUUUGUUAGGGCUGGAGAAUUUGGGACCUAGCUGAGCCUUGAUACAAAGCUGUCUCCUCUCACCUCUGCAGUUCACCUGUGCUGUGAAUUCUGGGGCACUCCAAAUCCCAUAGUGCCACAGAUCGCACAUUUUGGAGCACUAUAGAAUUCAUAGCACCCAACAAAACUGUAUUAUAGAGGAUGAGAUGGGGAAAGCCAGAGUAUCAGGGCCCAGUAGCAGGUGGACCUUGAAUUCCCCAUGAAGGUCAGAGGAAUGGAGAGGGUGGGGACAUCUGAAUCCUUUCAAUCCACACUUAGAAUUCCCAACUCCAGCUGGACAGGAGCUCUGCAACUGGUCCUAAUGGUUGCCUUUCCCACAGUCUGCAGAAGCCUGAAACUGAAGGCCUGAUUCUCUACUGCCUUGCACUUACACCUGUACAAAGUGAAUGUAGAACACUGCCAUUUUCAUUUGGUAGCAUAUUACAUUGACUUUGCGUUUAUUUUGCAGGUAUACAUUGACUGCUUGAGGUGCAGGGCAGUGGAGAAGCAGUCCUUGUAUGUCCCUAAGUACCUUGCAAAGCAGCUUUUGGGUUGUGCAGCCCCAGAUUCCCUCAGACUGCAGGAGUAUGUGACCUCUAAUAGAAAUUGGUAACUGUAUUCAGCUGAAGUCUAAUACCUGAAUUUUGGGCAAAUAUCUGAGGCUCCUCACAGCUCUGAUCGGAGGAGUACACUGCUAACAAUUCCUCUAUUCAGAUACUUUUUCCCAAACCAGCCUCCAAGCCAUCUGCUUCUGCUCCCUCUCCAUUGUGUUUUUUUGUUCUAUCACAGAUCAGGAGCCCUACACUUUUCCUUUUAUCUCACCCCGGGGCUAGAAAAUGGAAAUUGUGAGAGAAAUAGGAGAGGGGAGUUCAUUUGCACCCAGGCUCAAAAACACUGAGGGGCAGAUCAUCGUUUAGCUUUUUAAGUAUUCACCACAAUUGGGUAUUUUUUUUUUUUAAAGAUUCUGGAUCACAAAAGAGGAUCCUCCUUUCCCAGAGACCAGGCUUAGGGUUCACUGGUGGAAGGCUGAUGUCCACAUUGACUCUCUUGUAAUGAAGUAAGUUUGCAAAUAAAGGUUAUGAGUGGACCUCUC